GGGUCUAUGCUUAUUGACAGCGCACUGCACAGUGACUUGCACAUUAGGCUAACAGAUCACCAGCAAUGGAGACUCUCAUGGAUGCCUUUAACGACCUGGACACAUCACAGAAAGUAUAUGCUGUCGGAGGCGUUGUGGUAGCUGUCGUGUCGGUCGUCGCUCUCAGGAAACUGUUUUUCAAUGAGACAAAAGCAAAGAAGGAGUAUCCCCGAGAUACAGUGAUCCUUCAUCAGAUCGGUAGAGGUCCCUAUGCCCCGAGCAUGACGCCUUUUGCUGUGAAGCUGGAGACCUACCUCCGGAUGGCCAGGAUACCCUACCAGAACGUCCAUGGCAGGCAGCGUUCAUCCAAGGGCAAAUUCCCCUGGAUGGAGUACAAUGGGCAGGGGGUAGCAGACUCGGACCUGUGCGUCAAAUUCCUCAACCAGAAGCUGGGGAUGGACCUCAACAGGGAUCUGAAUCCUGCUGACAGAGGUGUAGCUCAGGCAAUGCAGGUCAUGGCGGAGGAACACCUGUACUGGAUCCUUCGCCUCUUCCGAUGGCAAUAUGACAACGAUAAAUCUCUGUUAGUGAAUGCAUUUAAAUUUGGGAAAUUUAUCAUUUGGAUGGUUCGACGAAAGGCUAAAAAGGACAUAUGGAGUCAAGGCUUGGGUCGACACUCAGAAGGGGAGGUAACUGAGAUGUUUAAGAAGGAUCUACAAUCUCUGUCCGACUUCAUAGGGACGAAGAAGUUCCUGAUGGGGGACGAGCCCUGUGAAACUGACUGUGCGGUGUUCGGUCAGCUGUCACAGUUCUACUGGCAGUUCAUAGGAACUGGGCACGAUACCAUCAUUAAGGACAAAUACCCCAACCUGGCCGCCUACUGUGAACGUAUGAAAGACUCAUUCUGGUCCGACUGGGACCAGUGCAUCACACACGGUGGGACAAGGGAGGCUACCAAGUAGUAACCGGAGAUCCCCUCUCUUAUGGGGGAGUGAUGGAGGGUGGCAGCUUUGACUGAGAGAAUACUUUUUCGCUUUUUGGGACACUGCUUUAUGACGUAUAAAACACCUAAUACAUAUUUUUGUAUUGCAAAACAUUUUGUAAGCCAGCAAGCAUGUCCAGCGAAGUUCAACAUAGGAUGUGAAGGAUGAGAUGCGUAUUGGUUUUAACACUAAGUAUGUACAGGGACUUCCAUUACGAUGAGAUCACAUGAGGUAGACGGGUUGUAAGGCUGUGACUCCAGUGGUCGCUGACCAAGGUCCGAUUACAUACAUUGAUACAAAUUAUUGUGUUCCCCGCUGUCAAUAUUGAAUAUUGUUCAAAGCGGCCUUAAACAUAUACACUCAUUCAUCCGCUCGAUUUUCGUGGCAUGUCAAUAAUGUACAUUGUGUGUGUCUCUGAUAUAAGUAUUGCUUCGUUUAAAAUAUAAUGUGUUCUUUGUCAUCGGAUUCCUGUUUGUUGAAACCCACAGUGAGUUAGAGUGUUGUAGGGUCAUUUGCGUUGCUGUUGUUGAAUGCAUGUGAUUGCUUCCGUCAAUCUAACUUGAGAAUCCAACUUACGGCUGUCGAUACGACCGCGAGGCAAUACUCUUGUCGGGUCGCGCGCUCGACAUUGUUUGAAUAACAGAUCUGACUUAUUUACUUGUACUUGAGGCAGGAACAAGUAUCUAUAGCCCACGCUUGUUAGAACACCAACAACUAUAUUGAGAGACAGAGAGACAGAGAGAGAGAGACAGAGGUCUAUAUGUACCCUUCUCUGAGAACCGCAUCCGUUGUGUAUUGGAUAGAGCAUAUACCCGGAGAGCGGAAGGUCCAAAAUAACGUUAAGAAAUGGUACUUAGUGUUACCCUGAUUAGCACUCGGCAUUAAGAGGAUAAAAGAAAGACUGGUCUGCUCGGAAUGACUCUGACUGUAUCACAAGUAUCAAAUCAGGACUGAUACCAGCAGCCACAAAUACACAUGCAUGCACGCGGGCUUGUGAUCGAAAUAUGUCGAACGCGUCAUUAAGGUGAGGUGAAAUGGGGUUAACGUCACAUCCAAGAUUAUUUCU